AUACUCUGUCACAGCCUCAUCAGUGAAGCAAAGCUCACUAUCUUCAAAUCAGCCUCUCCUGGUUUACUUCAACAGCUGCAGCCAUGAAUGUAGGCAUCUGUGUUUGUGUUAUCCUGGCUGCUUUGUCCAGUGGUUCCCUGAGUCUGCCUUCACAAUCAAUUACAGCUGAAAGUACAGCUCUUCUCUCAGGCAGCGGAUCUCUCCCUUCUCCCAGCCUGAAACGGCAGGCUCGCUCCGCUCCAGCGCCCCUCUCAGGGCAUCUUAUCAACUACAGCCAGCACCAAGAGGACGCAGACACUCCAGACAGCCUGAGCCAGCUUCUGGCCAGACUCAUCUCUAGGAAAGGCUCUGCCUACCACACCAGAUCCUCCCUCAGCAGCAGAGCCAGUGGUCUCCCCCCCAACCACAGGAUAAAGGACAGAGAUUAUCUCGGCUGGAUGGACUUCGGACGACGUAGUGCAGAGGAGUACGAAUACUAGUCCUGAAGGCACAGCUUUGUUUCUUCGAACGCUGAGCCCAAAACCUCCAACAUCCCCAGUUAAAGUUUUUAUUUUUAAAAAUCUGAAGCCCUUUUCACACUGCACUCUCAGCCCACCAGAGCUGACUUAGUGAGAAGUAUAUCUCAGCACAUAUCCUUCAAUCUACAAACCACAAACUUCAAUCCAAAACUUACGGCACAUUAUUGUAUAUUUGUGUUACUGUUAAGACCAAAGCCAGCAAUGCUUGUCCAUCCCACAGUGCUUUCUUAGUCCCUCAUUCUCUCUAUGGUUUGGAUGGUAAUCACUAAAAAUGAGUCACAAAAACAGUUUUUUCAAGGAAAAAAGGUGUUUUGAUUUCUUAAAAUAUGGGGUCACUGUAAUUUUCUAACCAACAUAGAGUUUUUAAUCUGUUUGGGAGUACUUUCAGAGUUUGAUAAAUCAAAAAUAAUUUAAAAAACAAACAAUCUUAAAACUGUGAUAAAGUUACAUGAGUAGCUCAUGAUCUGCUAAUACUAUUAGGCAUUGGUUACACAGCAGAUGCUUGUUAGCAUGAAGUCAUUGUUAGUUAAGUUGUUUUUGACAAAUGCAAUGUUGGCUUUUUGGUGUUAACAGAUCAGUGAAGAAACAGUAGGUCUGGUAUAACAAUGGGAAAUGCCACAUUUCCGUUUCAGUUGAUAUACAGAGCUUAACAAAGAAACACAAAUAUUUUAGCAAUGAGUCAAAACUUGUUUAAAACUAAAAAUGAUCAUUUAUCAUUUAGUAUGCAAUAAAUAAAGUGAAAUCAUGUUUAUAUGACUAAAUUUAAGCCAGUGCUCUGAGAACUGCACUAAAAACAUCAUUUCGAUUAAUAUGCUGCUGGAUUAACCUAUUACGGAAACAUUAAAAAUGAUUUUGGCAGUUAUCAGUAUUGUUAAUUUCGGGCUUCUGUGACAUUAAACUUACACUGGGUGGAGAUCUAAUUAAUUUGUUAAGCACUGUAAAUCCAAGAACUUCAACUGUUAAAAGGCAAGAAAAAUCAAUGUCUUAGGAUUUAGAUAUUCGUAUUUUAAAGUCCUGUUAAAAUGUUUAAUUUUACUGACCGUUACUGUAUGAAUGUAUCUGUAGACUUUUAAUGUGCCCUUAAGGUGUCCUCGGCAAACGAAUCUUCAUAAAAUUACACAAUAAAAAAACAAAAACUACACAACAAUAAAAAGCAUGUUGUUUCAUCUCACGCCAUGCUCAACACUGAAUGUGACACAUCAUUCAAAAAUCUUUGAUCAUGCUAGAAACUGGAAGAAUUGGGUGAAAAGUGGCUAACAUGGCAGGCUGCUGCAGUAAAAACUGGGAUUAAAGUGUGCAGUGUGAAAAGGGCAAAACAGGUUUUGACAAGCAGUCUCCCUGACUUUGCAUAACGGACUUCAGUGGCAGACACAAUAACAUCAGGAUGCUGCAGAUAUUAAAUCUACAGAUUAGAAAUGUUUUCUUUACUUUUCUUUCUUUUUUUUUGAAAGACCUUUAUUAUAUAUAAAGGUUAACUCUUGUAUUAAAUCAUUUGUUUCUACAGAUUCAGUAAAACUCCAAAUAAAGCUUUGUUUUCCUCCAA